CUAUAUAACGUUGUUCACACCGUGCCGGUCGAAAUUCGCCAUAGCCAAUCAUCUUUCUCGUGUCCGGUUCUCAUCACCCUCAACACUCUCUUCGUCUCUCAAAAACCCUUUUUUCGCAUUCCAUUUCCCUCACUCUUAAUUCCUCACUCAUUCCCCUAAUCGCAAUCGUUUUUUUUACUUUAGAGCUUUUUUUCAUUUCUUUCAAUUUCUAGGGUUAGGGAUUUCUUAUUUUCCAUUUCUAUUUAUUUUUCCUUUUUUCUACUCGGUGUUUUCUUCACUGACGUGAGGGCACCGUCGACUGUUCUUUUUCAAUGGAGGCCACGGCUGCCGCAGCCGCUGCUCGCGGCGUAUCGCUUCAGUUGCAGACUCCGCCUCGGAAAGAAUGGCGCGCUGUUGCUGAACAUCAUCAUUCCGCGAGAAACCCUGACGGAGAGGAGUUAGAAAACCCAAAACUAGGGCAAUCAGACGAGAGAACCAUAUAUGAGGUGCAGCAAGGAAGAGAGCCUGUGGAUGUUGACUUUUGUUCGAUAACAAUGGAUGGAUCAUUAGACAAUGAUAUUUUACAGCAACAGAUCCAUACUGUUGUUAGACAAAGGCAUGAAAUACUGCAGAUGGAGAUUGAACUAAAAGCUCAAAUUAUUGCCAGAUCUGAGAUGAUGGAAAUGCGAAGCACCUUUGAUGCUCAACUCAAGGAGCAUGCUAACAAUGCCAACAAGUUUCAGGAGCAACUUUUAGAAAGGGAACGGGCAAUUCAUGAACUGGAAAGGAAAAUGGAAGAGAAAGACAGAGAGCUGCAUAAUAUUAAGUUAGAUAAUGAAGCGGCAUGGGCAAAACAAGACCUUCUCCGUGAGCAAAACAAAGAAUUAGCAUCUUUCAGGGAGCGCGAUCACUCAGAAGCUGAAAGAGCUCAACAUAUACAACAAAUACAUGAUCUGCAAGAACAUAUUCAAGAAAAAGAUAGACAACUUAUUGAGUUGCAGGAACAAAAUAGGGUUGCUCAGGAGACAAUUAUGUUUAAAGAGGAACAGGUUAGAGAGGCCCAAGCAUGGAUAGCCCGUGUCCGUGAGAUGGAUGUUUUCCAGUCAACAACGAACCAGUCAUUACAGGCUGAAUUGCGCGAGCGCAAUGAACAAUAUAGUCAGCUAUGGAUGGGUUUUCAGAGACAGUACGCAGAGAUGGAGAGAGUCCAUUUGCAUACUAUUCAGCAGUUACAGAUUGAGCUAGCAGAUGCAAGAGAGAGGACUGGAACUUACAAUGAUGACUCCCGAAUCUCCCAAAUAAGUUCAAAAAGUAAUGUAGCACAGUAUGGGCAAGAAAAUGGUAACCAAUUUGACUUGAAUGGAGGCAAUGCUUCAGGUGGAAAUACUGGUCUCAUUACAAAUGAGAACUCAGAUAAUGGUACCCCAUUUUCAACUUCAGGCAAUCCGUCAGUUCAGAGUGAUCAUGUUCACGGCGUUGCCAUUGCUCCAUCUCCUUUGAUUGUCCCCCACUCAUACCUCCCACCUGGUCAAGUUACUGCAUUGCAUCCAUAUGUUAUGCAUCAACAAGGAGUGCCAAAUUCUGUUGCAUCACAUGUUCCUCAGUCUCAUGUUGGACAUUUUCAUCCAAUGCCCACAAUGUCACAUCUGCAACAGUGGCAAAAUCAACAGGCUGUUUCAGAGGGUUUGCAGGUAACCAUACAGGACAAUCCUACGUCAUCCCAAGCUGAUCAAAAUUUGACCAGAUCAGAUGCAAAGUUUAAUUAUGAAGUGCCUGUUAAUGGGCAAAUACUUCCUAGAGACUACUUAGAUGCUCAUGUCCACCAAGGCGAGGAAGCACAAACUGUGGUUUCAUCAUCCACUGGGGAGACACAGUCGGUUGAUAAAGAUCAACUUAUUGCUUCCCAACAAAGCUUACAACAGAUUUCUUCUCAGUUCUCUGAGGCCUUAAGAUUGAACUCUUUUAAACCAAAUGGUGAAAUGAAGAAUCCAGUGACACUAUCAAAUGAUGGACCUGCGACUCAAAUAUUAUUAACCGAGCAAGGAAGUUCUGCUGCAAAUGCACCAUCUGUUGGUGAAAUGAUUCAGAACAAUUCUGAUACGGUCUUGUCUGAAGCAUUGUCUUCUACUGCCAUUCCUAAGGUUCCAGAGACUGCUCUGCUUGAUGAAAGGUCAUUGUUAGCAUGUAUUGUCCGUACUAUUCCAGCUGCUGGCCGUAUUCGAAUUAGUUCAACGCUCCCUAAUAGACUGGGCAAAAUGCUUGCACCUCUACAUUGGCAUGAUUACAAAAGAAAAUAUGGGAAGCUGGAAGAUUUUGUUACUAGCCAUCCUGAAUUAUUUUUGAUUGAGGGAGACUUCAUUCAACUCCGCGAAGGGGCGCAUAAAAUGAUAGCUGCAACCGCUGCAGUUGCGAAAGUUGCUGCAGCUGCUGCAGCAUCUUCUCCUUAUUCUUCGUAUAUGCCUACUGUAGCAGUUACACCAAUGGCUCAAUCUCACCGCCUAAAGAAAUCUCCUUCAACUGACUCCAAAAUGAUUAAAACUGAAAAGGCACUUCAGGAAUAUACAGUCAUCUCUUCAAAUAUGAGUGACGACCCUUCUAAAUUACCAGUAAAUCAGUAUCAACAAACCAAUGGUGCACACUUCAGUAUUGCCGGAGGUCUUUCAAAUGUCAAAAUUUUGAGUAAACCCAAGGAUCCUCGGGAAAUGAAUGGCCCUGAAAAUAGCGCGGUUCAGCCUUCUGCACAAUUAUCUGUUGGAAAUGGGGGAAGCCUUGACAGACCAAGUAUGAUCAGUGCCCAAAAUUCAGGUCCAGCAAAUGGGAGGCCAACUGCCGCAGUGUACCCUUCUCGAAGAUAGGAAGGGAGAGGGACAUAGAAUAUCCUGUUACCAAGGAGGAUGGAAACAUAUAUGGUCCUGUUUUGUGGGAGAAUUUCUUAAGCAUUACCAGAGAGUACCAAGCAAAUUAUGAUUAUAUUAUGCAGUAAUUUGUUUCUCCCCUUAAGUUUUAAUUCGGUGUGCUUCCGAUGAAUUGAGCCUCAUGUUUUGAUAUUAUGCAUGCAUUGCAUCUAAUAACUGAUUUUUUGUGAAUGCUUGAAAGAUUAAUCAACGUAAUUAUCAUUUUCAGUUUGCCAGCACUCCAUUUGUGAAUGCUUGAAAGAUGAUUAAUCACCAUAAGUAUCAUGUUCAGUUUGACA